AUGGCUGGUAUAUGGUACUCUACGAUGGAAGCAUCCUUACCUGUAGGCUUAGCGUCCCACGAUCUCCAGCAGCAAGAGUUGGAAGCCAGGAGAUUGGCUUUUGAUAGGAAUACCAUCAUUUCGGCAUAUAUGCCUUAUAACCAGCAAUUGCACACCAAAAGCACUGAGCAGUGUAUAAUCUCAUUGGACCAAGCUGUACACAUGCUAGCCACCACAGAAGCUAGCCAGCAUUGUGAAAAUAAUGCACUUGAAAAUCCUCAGCAUGCCGGAGGUGGACUUGAAAGCGCCAAUAGCGAAUCAAAGAACCUUCAGCAUCAACAAGCCCAAGCUUACAGUCAGGAGGAUAAGCGCACCAAUGAUGAUGAACCCAACAGCAAUCACGAUGAAAACUCAACUUCUAAUCCACCCAAUCCACAAAUAGUGGAUGUAGUUGUCGGCAAUCAAGGCCAGGAUCCAUGUGCAAUCUGUCUGGAAAAAUUUGAGCCGCCCGUCCAAGAUGCCAUGAAUCAGUGGGCCUUCUCUACCGUUGCAAGGAUGAGGCAGUGCGGACAUUACUUUCACCCCAAAUGCAUUCAACCGUGGCUGGUAGAAUACAGAAAUGAUGGAUGUCCAACUUGUCGUGCGCUUCCAACUCCUGAGGCUGAACAUUUGCCGUAA